AGCGUGCAGUUCGUUAGGAAAAGCAGAAAACCCAAGGAAACUCAGAGCGUUGCAUGCCCCGCGAUUCUGGGCUCGUGUCCGUGUGUUCGUGUACCUAUGUGCCGCGUGUGUGAGUGCUAGCUUAGGUGGCCAAAAGAUGAGAUUGAAAUGAAAAUCCGGCAGCUCUAAUCACAGCAAGCGAUCGUAAAAGCAACCGAAAGAAAAACUAAAUGAAAAUGCGCAACCACAAGGAGAACGGAAACGGUUCGGAUCUGAGUGAUCCCAAGGCGGCCGGCCAGAAAAACUUGGCCAAAAUGGAGCCGGAGAACAACAAUAAGAUUUCGGUGGUGUCCAAGCUCCUGCUGAAGGAUAGUAAUGGGGCUAGCAGUCGCAGCAGCAACAGCAACGGCAACAGCAAUAGCAAUAGCAACAGCAACAGCAACAGCAAUGCCAGCUUCAGUUCCGCAUCGGUCGCCGGCUCUGUACAGGAUGAUAUGCCGCACCACAACAGCGGCCAACUAAGCCAACUGAGCCAACUGAGCCAUCUGAGCCAUCUCAGCCAACUGGGCCAGCACCACCAGUCGAUGGACCAGUGCGGACUCACCCAGGCCGGACUCGAGGAGUACAACAACAGAUCCUCCUCGUACUACGAUCAGACGGCCUUCCACCACCAGAAGCAGGCCUCCUAUGCCCAAUCCGAGGGCUAUCACAGCUAUGUGUCAAGUUCGGAUUCCACAUCGGCCACGCCAUUUCUGGAUAAAUUACGUCAGGAGAGCGAUCUGUUGUCGCGGCAAUCGCAUCAUUGGUCGGAGAACGACCUCUCCUCCGUUUGCAGCAACUCGGUGGCGCCAUCGCCCAUUCCCCUCUUGGCCCGCCAUUCCCAUUCCCAUUCGCACUCCCACUCCCAUGGCCACGCCCACUCCCAUGGCAACUCCUCCGCAUCCGCUUCCGCCUCCUCGUCCAGCUCAAGCAACAACAAUAGCUUAAGCAACGGGAACAGCAGCACCAACAAUAACAACAGCUCGGAGAGCACUUCCUCCACGGAAACCCUCAAGUGGUUGGGCUCCAUGAGCGAUAUAUCCGAAGCAAGUCAUGCCACCGGCUACAGCGCCAUCGCCGAAUCGGUUGCCUCCUCGCAGCUGAUUGUGCACAGCUCCCGGGUGCUGACCCCCAAGCGUCACCAUAGCGAGAGCGUGCUGUACCUGCACGACAACGAGUCGGCGGCCCCAUCUCCCAGUUCCCCCACUGGCAGCACCUCAUCCACGACGAUCGCCGAGGAGGACGUCGCACCACCAGUGGUGCAGCAGCAGCAGCAGCAGCCACUUCGCAUCCAGCACCGCCACAGCCCCAGCUAUCCGCCCGUGCACACCUCGAUGGCGCUGCAUCACUUCCAGCAGCAGCAGCAACAGCAACAGCCGCAGGAUCGCCAGCUGCAACGCCACCACUCCAACAGCAACACACAAAGUUCCUUGCUGGAGCUAUCCUCGCCCACGGAGAUACCGCGCUCCCUCCUCGGACAAUCCCACUCCAUGGGCGAUCUCCAGCAGCAGCAGCAGCAUCAUCAGAAUCAGCAGCAUCAGCAGCUGGGUAGAUCCGCCGGCCAGCAGCACAAGUCCAGCAUUUCGGUGACCAUUUCCAGCAGCGAGGCGGUGGUCACAAUUGCGCCCCAACCGCCGGCCGGAAAGCCCAGCAAGCUGCAGUUGUCGCUGGGCAAGUCGGAGGCCCGCAGCUGCAGCACCCCCAACAUGGGGGAGCAGAGCCAGAGCCCCACCAACAGCAUCGAUUCCUACCGCAGCAACCACCGCCUGUUCCCGGUGAGCACCUACACGGAGCCGGUGCACAGCAACACCUCGCAGUACGUGCAGCAUCCCAAGCCGCAGUUCAGCUCCGGGCUGCACAAGACCGCCAAACUACCUGUGAUAACGCCAGCGGGGGCCACUGUGCAGCCCACCUGGCACUCGGUGGCCGAGAGGAUCAACGACUUUGAGCGCAGCCAGUUGGGCGAGCCGCCCAAAUUCGCCUAUUUGGAGCCCAGCAAGACGCACCGCCUCUCGAAUCCGGCUCUGAAGGCGCUGCAAAAGAAUGCGGUCCAGUCCUAUGUGGAGCGACAGCAGCAGCAGCAGAAGGAGGAGCAGCAGCUACUGCGUCCGCUCUCGCAAUCCUACCAAGCGCUGCAUGUGGAACGCAAAUCGCUGCCGAACAACCUGAGUCCCAUAAUGGUGGGCCUGCCCACGCGGAGUAGCUCCUCCUCGACGCGGGACUGCAGCUCACCCACUCCGCCGCCGCCACCGCCUCGCACUGGCAGCCUGCUGCCCCAUCUCCUGAGGCGCUCCAGUUCGGCCUCGGAUUACGCCGACUUCCGGGAACUGCACCAGGCCCAGGGGCAGGUUAAGGCGCCCAGCAUAAGGAACAUUAGCAAUGCCGAGAAAAUGUCAUUCAAUGACUGCGGCAUGCCGCCUCCGCCGCCGCCGCCCAGAGGUGGUCGAGUGUCGGGUGUGUCGGGUGUGCCCGCCAGACGCACUUCCUCGGCCACCGAGUACGCUCCCAUGCGGGACAAGCUGCUGCUGCAGCAGGCCGCCGCCCUGGCCCACCAGCAGCACCACCCGCAGCAGCAUCGCCACGGAGCAGCAGUGCCGCCCGAGCGUCCGCCCAAGCAUCCCAAUCUGCGGGUGCCCUCGCCGGAGCUGCCACCGCCGCCGCAGAGCGAACUGGACACCACUUACACGUUCGACGAGCCACUGCCGCCGCCACCGCCGCCGGAGGUGCUCCAGCCACGCCCACCGCCCUCGCCCAACCGGCGGAACAGCUUCGCCGGGCCAUCCACAGCCACAGCCACAGCCACAACCACUUCCAUACGUCGGACCGCCUACGCAGCUCCCUUGGCUGCAGCUCCCAAGGUGCCACCGCUGGUGCCCAAGAAGCCAACCAGCUUGCAGCACAAGCAUCUGGCCAACGGAGGAGGAGGAGUAGGCGGCAGCCGCAAGCGCCCGCACCACACGACGCCGCAGCCCAUCCCCGAAAAUGUGGCCAGUCUCGGGGCGCCACCGCCGCCUCUGCUGCCGCGUGCCAGAUCCGCCGCCCAUGACAACGUGAUUGCCAGCAACCUGGAGAGCAACCAGCAGAAGCGAUCGAAUUCCAAGGCUUCGUAUUUGCCGCGCCAGAGUCUGGAGAAGCUGAACAACACAGAUCCCGACCAUGGCAUCUACAAGCUCACCCUGACCUCCAAUGAGGACCUGGUGGCCCACACGAAGCCCAGCUACGGGGUGCCCGGUAAACUGCCCAACAAUCUGCCGGAUGUCCUACCGCUGGGCGUCAAGUUGCAACAGCAGCCAAAGUUGCAGCCAGGAUCACCCAAUGGUGAUGCGAACGUGACCCUGCGCUAUGGCUCCAACAACAAUCUGGCUGGGAACUCGCCCACGGGUGCCACGCCCCCCUACUACGCCGGCGGGCAGCGGUAUUCCACGCCGGUGAUGUCAGCUCAGGGUUACGGAAAGAGUCCGAAGUCCGCGUCGCCGCAGCAAUACACGAGAUCUCAGUCGUACGAUGUGAAGCACACGAGCGCAGUGACCAUGCCGCCGAUGUCCCAGUCCCACGUGGAUCUCAAGCAGGCCGUCCACGACCUGGAGACGACGCUGGAGGAGGUGCUGCCACCCAGCACGCCCACACCGCCACGCCUCUCGCCGGCCUCCUCGCACUCGGACUGCAGUCUGAGCACCAGCUCCCUGGAGUGCACCAUACUCAAUAGUAAUCCUAUAGCGACACCGAUUCCUAAGCCCGAGGCGCACAUCUUCCGCGCCGAGGUGAUCAGCACCACCCUGAACACAAACACAAACACAAUCACAAACUCAAACACGAACCCUAUGACACCGCCCAAGCCCACGAUGAACAGGCAGGAAUCGCUGAGGGAGAACAUCGAGAAGAUCACCCAGCUGCAGUCGCAGCUGAUGUCGGCGCAUCUAUGCGAUACGGGGCUACUGGGUGGCUACACCAGUCCCCUGAUAAGCAGUCCCACUGCCAGUGGGUUCGUCAACGAAACGCUGAUGAGCCCGCCACCGCCGCCCAGUCCGCCGCCGCCGCUGGAAGAGGAGGAACAGCUAACCGACGAGGAGCCCGAAAUCAAGGAACUGCAGCUGAUGCAGCGCAGCGAACUGGUUCUGAUGGUGAACACCAAGCCCAGCACCACGGACAUGGCCUGCCAGACGGACGAGCUGGAGGACAGGGACACGGACCUCGAGGCGGCACGCGAGGAGCACCCCACCAGGACCACGCUGCAGCCCCGCCAGCGCCAGCCCAUCGAACUGGACCACGAGCAGAUGAGCCGGGAGCUGGUGAAGCUGCUGCCGCCCGGCGACAAGCUCGCCGACAUCCUGACACCAAAGAGCUGCAAGCCCACCUCGCAGUACGUGAGCAAUCUGUACAAUCCGGAUGUGCCCCUGCGACUGGCCAAGCGGGAUGUGGGCACCUCCACGCUGAUGCGGAUGAGGGCCACCUCGUCGUCGGCGGAGUUGCGUCUGGUCAGUGUGGAGCUGCAGUUGGGGGAGCCUAGCGAAGAGCCAACGAAUUUAAUCAAACAGAAGCUGGAUGAGCUUAUCAAGCAUUUGAACCAAAAAAUUGGCUCCCUGAAGCGCGAGCAGCAGACCAUUGGCGAGGAGUGCUCCGCCAAUGACAAACUGGGCCAGGAGCUCUUCGCCAAGCUGGCGGAGAAGGUGCGGCCCAGCGAGGCGUCCAAGUUCCGCACCUACGUCGACGACGUGGGUCACAUCACCAGUCUGCUCCUCUCGCUUUCCGAGCGCCUGGCCCAAACGGAGUGUAGCCUGGAAACGCGCCAGCAGGAAAAGGGUGCGCUGGAAUCGAAGCGGGAUCGGCUGUACGAGCAGCUGGAGGAGGCGCAGCGGCUGAAGGCGGACAUCGAUCGACGUGGCACCAGCAUCGCCGGAUUGCUGGGCAAGAACCUCAGCGCCGACAUGUGCGCCGACUACGACUACUUCAUCAACAUGAAGGCCAAGCUGAUCGCCGAUGCACGCGACCUGGCCGAAAGGAUCAAGGGCAGCGAGGAGCAGCUGGGCUCCCUCAGCGAUGCGCUAGUCCAAAGCGAUUGUUAAUGGCCAAUGGCAAUGGCAAUGGCCGGAUUCGAUUCUAUUCGAUUCGAUUCGAUUGAUUCGAUUUGAUUCUCCCAGCUGUCAACUCAAAGUUGAGAGCCGAUCGCGAGAGUCCGCAGGAUCCGCCGGUCCAGUCCGCAAUGUGUAUUAGUUUAAAACAAUGUGCUUAAUUACCACAUACCCACACUAUAAUGUAUAAAUAUUGUAUGUUCAUUUGUGAUUUUCAACUAGCUAGUAGGUUAAUUAUUCUAUAUAUCGGCCGCCUAGGUGUAAGCAUUUUCUACAUAAUUAUCAAAGCAAAGAUAAACUGUAUGCAUUAAUAAAACCAUGAAAAUUAGAAAAA